UCUCUUAAAUACGAAGAACAUUUUGAAAAAUAUUUCAUUCGUAUUUGAGUUUUGGUGCCGUUGAGUUGAAACAAGAACAUUUCAGUUUUGAAUCUUGAUAAGAAGAAAAAGACAAUAUUCUCGCUCGCGAAUAGUGAAUUGAAAAAAAAGAGAUCAAAGCAUAUAUUGAAUUGUGUGCUGCAGCUAUAAGAUUGGAACAGCAUAACGAUCAUGGGGCGACAAGUAAUAAGAAUAUUGCUAUUGACCAGCAUUGCAAUGACAUUUGUGCAACGGGCACCAGCGGAAGUCACCAUGGGAGAUAUCCGUGGCACACUGCAGUCCCUGAUCUAUUCAUACAAUCAAUUAGAUAAUAAACUGGAAAGACAUGAACAUCGAGAACGUGCCUUGGGUGAAUUGCUAAAGAAGGGUGUGAUGCAGUUGCAAAAAGGACAAAAUAAUUUGCAACCAUUAAAUGGGAUAUUUUCACGUUUAGAUGAAAGAGUUAGCCAAAUUGAAACUUUACUAAUAGCGCAAGAAGAAAAAUACAAUGUUCAGACGGAAAAAAUGAGUGAAGCACUGCAGCGGAUAUUCAAAUGGAUGCAAGAAAAUGAUGAAUGCUAUAAACGUCCACCGGCCUUACCGGUUGCCGCAACAACGGCACCUAAGCCAAUAGAACCUUCCUUAGCCCCUGCCUUUGUUAAGUCCCAAGAAGAGUUCAAUAAGAAAACAACAAGCGACAUUGAAAAACUCUCCUCGAAUGUGGCCAAACUUUUGGAUCUGUCACAAAAUGUCAUGGAACAAACUGAGGUGGUGUUCAAGAGCAGUCCGGCCACACAAGAUAUGUUAUCGAAAAUUGAAGAUCGUCUUGUCAGCUAUAGUGUUGUAACACCAGCCCCACCACCACCGGCACCAAUUAUUGUCCAGGCUCCCAAUAACACAGAAUUUGAAAAUAAAAUUGUCCACAUGCUGGAAGGUGUUUACACUGGAUUGACAGAACUUAAAGAAAUGCCAAAAUCUGUUGCCGAGGGACUUACGACGGCCGAUAGAGAGUUCUUACAGGCUAUGAACAAUGAAACGUUGAGUGUUUUGGAAAAUAUCAAAGCAAAUACUUUGGAAGCAAGUGAUAAAGUCAUAACAAAGACCGCCGAGAACAUACAGCAGGCUCAAGAUCACAUCGACACCAACAUCAAUCAAGUACAAACAAAACUACUCAACUCAUCGGCCCUGUUGGAACAAUUCUACAAUGAAAUGAAUCAAAGCUAUACCAAAUUCAAUGAAGGUCUAGAGAUUUUCAAUAAAUUCAACAACAUUCUAAUGACCAAUUCCGAAUAUGUAUUGGACACCCAACGUAAAGUGGAAUUUGGCACAGUGCAAAUUAUUCAAAAAAUCACCGAUCAUUUGGAAAAGCAGCGUGAUGCUAUCUUCGAAGCUUUCAAGGAACGUUUCGAUAAUGUCGACGAACUCAUGAUCAGCAAUCAAUUGGAGACAAUGCAAAACUUCUCCUCCCUCAUUGAAUCGGAAAUAACGCAAGUGUGGCAUCAAAUCUCCAUAAUGCACGAGGAGAUCUUGGACACCAAAGAUAUACUCAAGGCGGUUGAUGCUCGAAAUGAGGCCUCAGUAAACAGUACCUACAACAGUGUCAAUGCCAUGGGCGUAAAGGUGGAAGAUGUUAAAAUUCGUAUGCUCGAUAUGGAUUCGAAUUUGAAUUAUCUAUUGGGAAAACUAUCGAUUAUUUCACAAGAAUUUAUUAACAUCAAACAGGGAUUGGGCGAGUCUUUGGAAGAUUUGCGCAAGACAUUCGAUGCAAUACAAGGUAAAAUGCCAGAAAUAACUGGCAUCAACUCGAAUUUGGCCAAAUAUGAAACUGAAUUGAAAUUGCUCUCAAAGCGUAAUAUAUUAACAUAAAUUUAUGCGAAUGCAAACGAAUUGAAAUUAAAGCCAAAUAAAUGUAAUUAAAAAUAUACUUAUUUUAUGUAGUUCGUAAAAGAUGAUGAUGAUGAUAAUUAUUAGUUUAUAGUUUAUCGCCAGCAAUAUGUACUACUUACUUGCCAAAUGCCGCUUUUAAAAUAUAUUUAAUUAAUGUAAAACUACUACCACUCUAAAUGUCAUGUCAAAAGUGAAACGGAAAUAAAAAUAAAAAUGAUUUUUCAUAAAAAAAU